AUGGUACCAGAGGAUCCUCUUCAAGUUCAGGCCAUUAAGCCUCGCCCAUUUGACAGCAGUUCUUACACGAAGGCUGCCCACAUCUUAAGCAAUUUGGAGAUCAACAAAGGUAGUGCUGCCCAGUCUCUUUUCAAGAACUCUGACUUCUUCAGGAAGGGAGAGGUUGGUGAUUGGAAGAAUUAUCUUACAACGGAGAUGGCUGCAGCUUUAGAUCAUAAAAUCAAGGAAAAGCUACACGAUUCUGGAUUGACCUUCACAAUGCCACUGUAA